ACUUUUGCCGAUGUGAAUCUUGGAAACUUGAAUUUGCCCGAUACCUGUCCCCUCAAGCCUUCAAUGGACUACUUUGCUUAUCAGGAUGCCAUGUUUAUACAAAAUAACGAGUAUAAUUGGGAAUGCGGAUUUUGUGGAAAGCGCUUUUACGAAGCUCAUUUCUUAGAAAAACACUUCGAAAACAGGCACAACGAAACCCUCGUUCUAAGAGAUCAUUCUUUUUGCCUUGCCGAUUUAUGUCCAAUCCUUCGUUGUGAUGCUGUUCGGCCGGUAGAAUUGGGUGAAUUGUCUCUGUUCUGGCGAGCUGCUCUCUGUCAAGAAAGGCAUUUUGAUAAUCUCCGUUCUCAGUGUCAGGCUCUCAUUCGGAGUUGCCCCGCAGGCAUCGACGCGCAGGUUGACCAGGAAUGGAAGGGUAACGUUAUGCUCAUUUGCUCCGCUCCAUAUCCUUUUAUUUGA